AUGGCGACGGCGCGGGGAGCGAUGAAGAUGGGAUACUACUUCGACGUGGUGUCGCCCUACUCGGCCUUCUCAUGGAAGGUACUCGAGCGGUACCGAGGAAGGUGGCCCUUAGAGACAGCACUGAAGCCUGUCUUCCUUGGUGGGAUCAUGAAGGGAGCCUCCAAUACGCCCCCGGCCCUGGUAUCCAAGGCCAAGGGCGUGUGGAUGAAGCAGGACAUCCGGAGGUGCGGAGAAACGUUCGGCUACCCCAUCCUUGACAUGCCCAAGAACUUCUUCUCCGAGGUUGCACGGGCGACGGUGGACUGUCAGAGGUUGAUAGUAGCCGCUCAGCUUCUGGGGAGGAAGGAGGACGAGGUGCGUGGUUUGAUCUCGGUGCUGACAGAUGCCAUCCAUGUCGACAAGGCGCUGAGGACGGAGGAGAACAAUCUGAAAGUCGACGGUGCACUCAUUGAAGCAUGCGCGAAGAAGGUCUUGCCUGGAGAAGUGGUACAAGAUGUCAUCGCAGCGUCCAAGUCGCAGGAAGCGAAAGACCAGCUGAAGGCGAACACCGAAGAAGCAGUCUCCAAGGGAGUCUUCGGGAGCCCUUCUUUCGUCUUCUACAACCCCGACCCAAAGAAGGAAAUCUUGAUCUUCGGAAGUGACCGCUUCGACCAGAUCGCGCACGUCAUUGGCGCCGAGUGGAAAGGACCCAAUCCUGCAUGA